CCGAUUCACCGUGUUACCGAAGAUAGUCUUUUGCCGUCACACUGCCACAGACACUGAAGCUGUCCCAGUGCUCCCCACGAGAACUUUUCACUGUGGUCACGAGAUUUGUCACAUCCUGCACUCAGGAUAUCGAGUUGGAGAACAUUACUCGUGGUGAUGUUUGGAUGUUCAAGUGAUUCCCACAGUUCAGUUCAGAGAAUAAUAGGACUAACUUAUCAAAAGGAUUAUCACGACAUUGGGCCCAACACUUCCAACACAGUCACAACUACAGUGUGGAGCCAAGUUUUCUCUCCGGCAUUCUUUGCGACAAUAGUCCUGACAUCGUUCAUUUCUUUCGUUGUCUGUCCUUAGCCGCAGGGAACAUGUUCACUGCCAAGGGCUAUCCAAGCGUGGCGGAAAAAAGGAGACACUUUGUCCACACGUUCUCCUCGACCGUACACUCCGUCUUUGUCACGGGAGUCGGUGUGUACCUGCUGGCUACCGGAGGAUUCGGAAACAACUCCAGACCCGAUGCCAACAUCUUCCUCAUGCAAGUCACUCUUGCUCACUAUGUUGUGGACACUAUCGCCCACAUGCUGGAUAAGAAGCUUCGAGACACCUCACAGAUCCCGAUGCAUCACACAGGAGCGGGACUAGCCAUCGUCGUGUUAAUCCUCACUCAGUGGGGUGAAGACGUCAUGUGCGUGCGGCUUCUGUCCCACUCAUCGACGGUGUUCAAGAACAUUUUCUACAUUUUUCGGAGUUUCAAGCUCAAAGAUAGUCCGUGGUUUGUGGCGGUGUCAGUGGUGUUGGUGUUCUCAACGUUGGUGACUCGUGUGGCACCAAUGCUCUUUCUGUGGGAGAAAACGUACAUACACAUGUUUGUCGAUAUGUAUGUUCCACCCUGGCCUCUCCUUGUAACUGUUUGCAGUGUUGCUUUUCUGGUUGACAUUUUCAAUUUAUUGGUUACAUACAAAAUGAUCAAAGGUUUAGGUAAAUAUGUAAUGUAUGACUAUUGUCGUAAUUAAGUCUCUGUACACCUGCUUAAGUGCUGAUCUUUUUCCAAAUUUACAAUGAUUUCAUUGAUUUGUAUAUAAAAUACUCGUCAAAUUAUGAAAAACGUGACAAA